AUGUCGGUCUUUACCUUGUCCUUCUUUUUCCUCGCGUUCUUCUCUCCUAUUUCUCUCGCGUCAGCGGUCCCCGACGCUCUGCCAUGUCCGGAGUGCGAAGACGAGCCCCCGGUCCCUGUUCAGCUCGAACCAUGUCACGAAUGCGAGCAUAUGCACCCGCCGCCUCCGGUCUAUGUGACCACGACGGAAGACUGCGAUGAGUGCGAGCACAACCAUCCGAAGACGACUCCUUUCGUGUUCACGAGCACCAUCUCAACUUGCAGGCGGCAAACAACAUCCCACAGCUUCACGCCAUACACAUCUGGAAGCUCUACUUUCUUUCUUUCGAGCUGCAAGCCAACUACUUUGACGAAGACGCAGCAUAGAGCUUGUGAGACGCCUUCUCCGAGCACAAUCACGGCUCCGGGAUCGAUAUCCACGAAGACGCUCUUUGGCAAUGGGACUGCGGUUACGAUCACCAGCUAUCGCAACAACACUGCGCCGGCUAACACGAUCACCGUUGUUUCAACGAAAUGGCAGCCAGGCAAGACGACGACCAUCGCGGGAUCUCCUACCGAUUAUAUCACGGUCACCAAAGGAAGGAGAACCUUGGCAAGCGUUACGACUGCUUACAUUACGGUCGCGGGAAGCAACUCAACUUGCAUAGGUCUGACGGUCACGGAAACUAUUACAACCAAGCGAACUCCCACCCGGUCUCGAGCGCCUCCGCUUCCACCGAACACGGACACCGUCUUCUCCAGCGGACUUUCGACCGUCACGAUCACGACCCAGUAUCCUACUUGCGAUCGCCAAAUCACUAUCAUCGAGACCGCGACCCGCGUGCGGCGGGCAUCGACAGUAACCACCACGUUGCCUGCUUCUUCAUGCUCUCCCGAGACGAUUUCAAUAACAGCGACAGCAGCUGGACCUACUCAAUACAGCACGGUGCCGACGACAGAAUACGCCACGCUGACCAGCUAUGCAUCGGGCAGCCCGCCGGCUACGAUCUAUCUCACUAGAACUCGCACGACGACGGAAACUGCUACCAUUACGCAAAAUCAGAUCAGCAACAGGUAUUCGACUGUUGUUCAGACAGCGACUCUGCCCGCGGAGACCCGCACUACCACGGUUCGACAGCCGGCGAGGACGAUCACCCGCACUGAGGUAGCCACGAGCGAGGAGGUCCAGACAGUGACCACAACUCUUCCGGGAUCGGUAGCCACAAGAACUCGCACUCGGACAAUCACAGCUACUGAUUCGUACUUCACCACCGGAACGAUCACGACUACUCUCACAGUCACGCGCACUCUUGCGGCUUCAACAAUUACAGAAACUACGACGUCUACUCGAACUGCUAUCCGCACUCGUACGCAGACUACUGAGGUCUUCUCAACUGCUACUGUCACUUCUGAGCGCACUUUGACGGCAACAGCCACGGCUGUGAGCAAUGUCUACUCCACCGCUACCAUCACGAGAACUCAAGUACGCCGGAUCACGACAACAGAAGAAGCCCCUGCAGGCUACUGCACACCGACUACAAUUACAAACACAGCAACUGCCGUUCGAACCGUCACACGCACUCGAACUGUAACGGAUGCUGGCGCACCACCCGGCUACUGCGAGACCUCCACCCAAACCCGCACCCAAACCCGCACCGUCACCAGCCGCGCCGCCUGCGCCACCGCCGCCCCGCCGACCGUCGCCAACUGCCGCGUCCCCACCGGGCAGUUCCGCAUCGUGAUCCAGAACUUCGGCUCCGCCUACCUGACCUCCACCUCCGGCGGCGGGAGCCCCAACAGCGACCACGAAUCCCUCACGCUCACCUCCGCGGUCGGACAAGCUCUGCAAUUCUCCGCCGUCUCCAACGGACAGACUUCCUUCGUCAUCACGGGCGGGCAGACGCUGUACUCGGACCAGGACAGCGACAACGCGGGCAACUCGCCCAUCUUCUUCGACUCACUCACCAGUCCGGCGGGCUAUGGUGGGGGAGGGGCGGACGCGGUGCAGUUUUGUCUGCGGGCGGAUAAUUCGUUCGUGGUGCAGAGUCCGUCGAGUGGGGCGACGAGUGUAAUGAUGUGUGCCGGGGUGGUAUAUUUGUUCAGCGCGGAGAAUGCGGCGACGAGUGGGUGUACGCCUAUUACUCUGGUGAAGGCGUAG